GUCCACGUCCACUGAUACUAUUACACAAUCUACGUACAACAAUCCAGAGGCAAUUAUCUCUCCGAGGUUUAACCCCGCUCCAUAGCGACGAAUGACUGACGAUGCAAGCCGAAAGAGCACCUACAUAAGAGAGGUAGCUGCUUCGGACUCGGCCGCUCUCUCCCGUAUAUGCCUCCUCACAGGGGAUGCAGGCAAGUCCGCAGAACAUCUGCACGACUAUGAUGAGCUGCCAGGUCUCAUCUACGCCGAACCCUACGCCCGACUCCCUGCCGCAUUCGGCUUCGUAAUGGUCGAUCCCGCCAAAUCCGAUGAGGUGGUCGGGUACAUCCUCGGCACCCACGACACCAGAGCGUUCGAACGCGAGGCCGUCGAAUCAUGGUUUCCCAAGAUCCGCGAGCGAUAUCCAUACCACGAGACUCCUGCGCAUCCUGACGAUCCGACCAAGCCGCUGUCAAAUGACGAUGCGCGAUACGUCCGUCUAUUGCAUCAUCCACCCCAUGCGUCGAGCCUGUACAUCCAGUUCUCCCCUGCUCACCUGCACAUCGAUAUCCUACCCGAAUAUCAGCGGCAAGGGUGGGGCCGGACGUUGAUCGCGCGGGCUGUGAAACACCUGGAAGAAAAGGGGUUGACGCGGGUCUGGCUGGGCUUGGAUCCGCGCAAUACCGGCGCGAAGAGAUUUUACGAGAAGCUGGGUUUUAGGGAGCUCGAAGGCGCUCCUGACGGAACGAUGGGGCUCGAGUUCGAGGACCUGCAGGCGUAGGCAUGCGGCACCAGCUGUCCAUUGCGCAGAUCCUGGCUGACCUACCUGAAAUGUCUCGAAUCAGACAUCACCUGCUCGCUAGCCUGUGAGAGCGGUAGUAGCGGAAGCUGGAAUUUGAUUGGUCAAUCCAUCUACUCCAUGGGAACGUCAUCGUUAGAAUUUGUCUGGAGAACUUCGCGCAGCGUCUGGAUUGGUUUGAAGAAGCGGCCUAUCAGUAGCGAGGACGCUCUGCCUCCCGGUGGAACCGCGCUAUCCCAUAACUUGCCGCUUGAUGAUGAACGUGACCCACCUUA